UUCAUUUUAUAGGGAAACUGGAAGCACCCCAUUAUUAUUCUGCUCUUUGCUAAAUGCUAUUCUGUUUGUUUCGUGCUCUUCUUUUCUUCUGCUGUUCUCUAGCUGUGCUAUCUGUGUGUGCUUACUGAUUCUUUUCGCAGAGACUCCGAGUUAGAAGCACAUCCACGAGAGGACCACAGUCGAGAACCAGUCUUACCUGCACAUUUACACACUCAUUACUCAUUCCCAUUAACUCACAGUUGACAUUGCACACUUACACCUUUGAUUUGCCCUGCUUGUUUGUUUUGUUUUGUUGUGUUUUGUUUUGUUCUUUUCUUCAAGGUCUGUGUCAGUUUCGGGUUUAGAUCUCCCUCGCGGUGCCAAACAUGUCUCGCACAACAGACCCUGCUGGACACUGGAAGGAUCUGGAGACCUGGCUAAGUGUUGUAACAGACAGCCUCCUACCUAAGGCCGCUGAAACACUAAAGCAUCAGACACAGGACCAGCUGGAUGACAACAUAGCAAGCCUCAUGAAACAGGACCCAAGCCAGAGCUACAGUCACAAAGAACUAGCCAAGAUCACCGGCUCCUUAAGCCACACACUCAUCGCCACCCUCAAACUGAGCGACAGGCAAGCCGCCCAUCGCCAGCAGGAGCUGACACAUGCACAACGACGCAUCGAACAGCUGGAGCUGGAGGCUCAGGAACGACGAGAAGGGCCUGAUGAAGUGGAACAAGGCGCAAAAGAGGAGAUCAACAGGCUAAAAGAGACCCUAGCAGCUACUACGCAAGAAAUGGAACGAGGCAGAGCAGACUACGCUGACCUCUCCGACAAGCUACAGUACGCAGAACAGCUACUGGAAAAAGCAAAGGCUGACUUCAGAGACAAGAACAGCCGAAUUAAAGCUCUCGAAACUCACCUGAAUGAGUCAAGAAAUGAGGUCAGCCGCCUAAAACAACAGCUUGACUACAUCAAAGAAGAGUCUGACAGUAUUAAAGAGGAACUCAAGCAUGCAUAUGAAUUGCGCUGUGAGCCGUCAAGAACACGUCGGACACCGAUUUCACCUUUGCCAAGCAGGACCGGCUCCCCUGUUCCUGGACUGGCACAUGAUCAAAAGGGGGCAGUGCCAAAACAGUCACCUGUUCCCUCCGAAGAAUCCUACCUCCCCACUAAGCUAAAAGAACGUGCUCCAGCCAGCCACAGAUCAUCUCAUGGCUUGGACCUCAGAGACCUUGACAAGCUUGCUAGAAACAUUGGCAAAUUCACUCCAAAUGUGCCAGGUAGUCCAAAUGUUCAGAGUUAUCUGCAAGAUAUUGACUUCCAUCUGGAAAUGAGACCCAAUGUCACUGACAAAGAUAGACUUUAUUUGCUCAGAGCCACAUCCAGCUCUGAAGUGCGCAGCUUCCUGGACCGGCAGCCUGCCCACACAAAGACUGAUUACCACCUGCUCCGAGAAGCUCUCAUCAAAGAGUUUGCCGACCCUGAGUCAGAACGAGGACUAGUGGCUGCCCUGGAAACAAAACAAGGUCGUCACGAAACUCCUCAAGUCUUCUAUAGCCGACUAAGGCUAGCAUACUUCGGGUCUCGCAACGAACAGAGCAUGGAGGAGGAAUUGAACUUCAAAACUCUCUUCCUGAGAAACCUCCAUCCUGGGGUGAGCCACCAUCUUGGCGUCCUUGCCUGUCCACGCACAAUGAGUGCUCAACAGUUAAGAGACUUGGCGCACAAAGCCUACUGCAAACAGAAGAUGGCCUUAGAAAAGGGCACCAAAACCACCACAGUUCUUGACUUCAACACACAGAGUCAAGGGCUGGCCCUAGAGGGCACCCAGCGUCAAGACCUUGCCAAGCCGACACCCAAAGAGUGGAAUGCAUCUUCGUCCAACAGAGAGUGGGACUCCCACACUGGUACUCGACCUAAACAGAGAGACAACCGCUGGGAUGGACCACGUGGACGACAACGCUCACCUGGACGUCACUGGGAAAAUUCAUGGAACCAAUCAAGACCUCAUGAGAGUCAUUGGGAGAAAACCUGGAAUCACCCAAGCUCAUUUGGAAACACCAGAGGAAAAGGCUCAUGGGAAUCCAAGGGAAAACGACAAACACACCCUGGAGCAACCAGCCCAAGGAAUCGACGAAAAAACUCACAAAGAUUCCAAGCUGACAGAGCUCAAAAUGAAUCCAUACCAGAACAAAAGACUUCACCUUGUUUCGACUCUCAAGAGCUGAUGAAAAUGAUGAUGAAAGAGUUCUUCCAACGAAAGGAGGACGACCGGAAGUGGGAAGAGAAAGCGAAACCAGAUUCAUCCUGACUAGCUGCCGGACGAGAUGGCAGCGACCACCUGACUCAACAUACCCCAGAGAACAGCACCUCAUCUCUCUCUCAGAGAACCACAAGCACCAUAACUUCAAACGGACAAGAAGUCCCACCUGAACAUCCUGCAAAACAGUCAGAAACUGAUCCAACACCUGAUGGGUCAGAUCACAGCAGCAUCCAACAAACAC